CUUAGCCUGCUGCCAGGAAUGGCCCUCUCAGUGGACUCCUCCUGGCACCGGUGGCAGUGGCGGGUCAGAGACGGGUCCCUGCAGUCUCCAUCGGAAACCACACCACUGAUCUCUCCAGAGAAGGGGAGGCGGAGCUACAACCUGACACAGCAGCGGGUCGUGUUCCCCAACAACAGCACCUUCCACCGGGACUGGGAAAAGGUCUCCAGGAGCUACCCUGGCAACAGAAUCUGCACGACCAAAUAUACCCUCUUCACCUUCCUGCCCCAGAAUCUCUUUGAGCAGUUUCACAGAUGGGCUAACCUCUAUUUCCUGUUCCUGGUGAUUCUGAACUGGAUACCCUCCAUGGAAGUCUUCCACAGGGAAAUCACCAUGCUGCCACUGGCCAUUGUCCUGUUCAUCAUCAUGGUCAAAGACGGUGUAGAGGACUUCAAGAAACACCGCUUUGAUAAAGAGAUAAAUUGUUCCAGCAUUCGAAUAUAUGAAAGGAAAGAGCAGAGCUACGUGAAGAAGUGUUGGAAGGACGUGCGCGUGGGAGACUUCAUCCAAGUGCAGUGCAACGAGAUCAUCCCAGCAGACAUACUCCUCCUCUUUUCCUCGGACCCCAGCGGGAUAUGCCACCUGGAAACUGCCAACUUGGAUGGAGAGACGAACCUCAAACAGAGGCGUGUUGUGAAGGGCUUCUCACAGCAGAAGGUGCAGUUCGAACCAGAACAUUUCCGCAAUACCAUCGUGUGCGAGAAGCCCAACAAGCACCUCAACAGAUUCAAGGGUUAUAUGGAGCAUCCUAACCAGACCAGGACUGGCUUUGGCAGUGAGAAUCUUCUGCUUCGAGGCUGUACCGUCAGAAACACCGAGGUGGCUGUUGGCAUCGUCAUCUAUGCAGGCCAUGAGACAAAAGCCAUGCUGAACAACAGCGGCCCCCGGUACAAACGCAGCAAGAUUGAGCGGCGCAUGAACACCGACAUCUUCUUCUGCAUCGGGCUUCUCUUCCUCAUGUGCCUCAUUGGAGCUGUAGGUCACAUCCUCUGGAAUGGGACCUUUGAAGAACACCCUCCUUUCGAUGUGCCAGAGGCCGACGGCAGCUUCCUUCCCUUUGCCCUUCAGGGUGUCUACAUGUUCCUCUCAAUGAUCAUCCUGCUCCAGGUGUUCAUCCCAAUCUCUCUGUACGUCUCCAUUGAGCUGGUGAAGCUCGGGCAAGUAUUCUUCCUGCACAAUGACCUCGACCUGUAUGAUGAAGAGACCGAUUCGUCCAUUCAGUGUCGAGCCCUCAACAUCACUGAGGACCUGGGCCAGAUCCAGUACAUCUUCUCGGACAAGACAGGGACCCUGACAGAGAACAAGAUGGUGUUCCGGCGCUGCACCAUCAUGGGCAGCGAGUACUCUCACCAAGAAAAUGCCAAGCGACUGGAAACCCCAAAGGAGCUGGACUCAGACAGUGAAGAGUGGAACCAAUAUCAAUGCCUGUCAUUCCCAGCCAGAUGGGCCCAGGGUCCAGCCACUGUGAGAAGUCAAAGAGGAGCCCAGCCCCUGAGGAGGAGCCAGAGUGCCCGUGUGCCCAUCCAGGGCCACUCCCGACAAAGGUCCGUGGGGCGCCGUGAAAGCUCGCAGCCUCCGGUGGCCUUCAGCAGCUCCAUAGAGAAAGAUGUGACUCCAGAUAGACACCUACUGACCAAGGUUCGAGAUGCUGCCCUAUGGCUGGAGACCUUGUCAGACAGCAGACCCACCAAGGCUUCCCUCUCCACUGCCUCCUCCAUUGCCGACUUCUUUCUUGCCCUAACCAUCUGCAACUCCGUCAUGGUGUCCACGACCACUGAGCCCAGGCAGCGGGUCACCAUCCCACCCUCAACCAAGGCUCUGGCCAUGUCCCUGGAGAAGAUUCAGCAGCUCUUCCAGAAGUUGAAGCUAUCAAGCCUCAGCCAGUCAUUCUCGUCCACUGCACCCUCUGACACAGACCUGGGGGAGAGUCCGGGGGCCAAUGUGCCCACCCCAGACUCGGAUGAGAGAGACGAUGCAUCUGUGUGCAGUGGAGGCUACUCUACCGAUGGCGGCUACAGGAGCAGCAUGUGGGACCAAGGCGACAUUCUGGGUUCUGGGUCAGGCACAUCCUUGGAGGAGGUGCUAGAAGCCCCGGCUCCAGGCCUGGCUGGGCCCGAGCUCUGUUAUGAGGCUGAGAGCCCUGACGAGGCGGCCCUUGUGCACGCUGCCCAUGCCUACAGCUUCACGCUGGUGUCCCGGACGCCUGAGCAGGUGACCGUGCGCCUGCCCCAGGGCACCUGCCUCACCUUCGACCUCCUCUGCACCCUGGGCUUUGACUCCAUCAGGAAGAGAAUGUCUGUGGUUGUGAGGCACCCGCUGACUGGUGAGAUCAUCGUCUACACCAAGGGCGCUGACUCAGUCAUCAUGGACCUGCUGGAAGACCCAGCUUGCGUGACUAACAUUGAUGUGGAAAAGAAGCUGAAGAAAAUCCAAGCCCGGACCCAAAAGCACCUAGACUUGUAUGCAAGAGACGGUCUGCGCACGCUGUGUAUCGCCAAGAAGGUCAUAAGUGAAGAGGACUUCCGGAGGUGGGCCAGUUUUCGGCGUGAGGCUGAGGCAUCCCUCGAAAACCGAGAUGAGCUUCUAAUGGAGACAGCGCAGUGUCUGGAGAAUCAACUCACCUUACUCGGAGCGACUGGGAUCGAAGAUCGGCUGCAGGAAGGAGUUCCAGACACAAUCGCUGCUCUGCGGGAGGCUGGCAUCCAGCUCUGGGUCUUGACUGGAGACAAGCAGGAGACAGCAGUCAAUAUCGCCUAUUCCUGCAGACUGUUGGAUCAAAUUGACACUGUUUACACCAUUAAUACAGAGAAUCAGGAAACCUGUGAAUCCAUCCUCAAUUAUGCAUUGGAAGAGGUCAAGCAAUUUUAUGAACCACAGAAGCCAGACCGUAGGCCCUUUGGGUCCCGCCUCUGUUCCAAGACACCAUCCACCAGCUCAGGGGCUGUGGUUCCAGAAGUUGGAUUGGUCAUCGAUGGGAAGACACUGAAUGCCAUUUCCCAGGGAAAGCUGGAGAAGAAGUUCCUGGAGUUGACCCAAUAUUGUCGGUCUGUCCUGUGCUGCCGCUGCACCCCACUCCAGAAGAGUAUGAUCGUCAAGCUGGUGCGAGACAAGCUGAGCGUCAUGACGCUUUCCAUAGGUGACGGAGCAAAUGAUGUAAGCAUGAUUCAAGCUGCUGAUAUUGGAAUUGGCAUAUCUGGACAGGAAGGAAUGCAGGCUGUCAUGUCCAGCGAUUUUGCCAUAUCCCACUUUAGGCACCUCAAGAAGCUGCUGCUCGUGCAUGGUCACUGGUGCUACUCACGCCUGGCCAGGAUGGUGGUGUACUGCUUCUACAAGAACGUGUGCUACGUCAACCUGCUCUUCUGGUACCAGUUCUUCUGUGGUUUCUCUGCGUCCACCAUGAUCGAUUACUGGCAGAUGAUCUUCUUCAAUCUCUUCUUCACCUCCUUGCCGCCUCUCGUCUUUGGAAUCCUGGACAAAGACAUCUCUGCAGAAACCCUCCUGGCAUGGCCUGAGCUGUACAAGAGUGGCCAGAACUCUGAGUGCUAUAACCCGUCGACUUUCUGGAUUUCCAUAGCAGAUGCGUUCUACCAGAGCCUCGUCUGUUUCUUUAUCCCCUACCUGACCUACAAGGACUCUGACAUCGAUGUCUUUACCUUUGGGACACCGAUUAACACCAUCUCCCUCACCACAAUCCUCUUGCACCAGGCGAUGGAAAUGAAGACAUGGACCGUCAUCCACAUGCUAGUCCUCCUAGGCAGCUUCCUGAUGUACUUUGUGGUAUCCCUACUGUACAACGCCACCUGCAUCAUCUGCAACAGCCCCGCCAAUCCCUACUGGGUGAUGGAAGACCAGCUCUCAGACCCCACUUUCUACCUCGUCUGCUUCCUCACACCAGUCGUGGCUCUUCUCCCAAGGUACUUUUUGCUGUCUCUCCAAGGGACCUAUGGGAAGUCUCUUAUGUCAAAAGCUCAGAAAAUUGACCGACUCCCCAUGGAUAAAAGAGACCUAGAAAUCCAGAGUUGGAGAAGCAGACGGAGGCCCGCCCCUGUCCCUGGUGGGCCCACCCACCAUCCAGCGCCACCUGGCCCAGAACAGGCCUUCAGAGCCAGCACCCCAAAGAGCUCCAGCUCUCCCAAGCAGCAGCACAUGGAGGACUGCGUGUUCCAUGGGCAGAGAGGCAGCAGAGAGAACAUGAAAGAUGACCCAUGCUCAAGGGACUCCUCUGCUAAAGGCGAACACCUUCUGGGGCCUAACAGGACAAUGGCACCAGGAGCCUACCCAAGUGGACAGACCAACAUGUCCCGGCGCUCAAAGAAUGGCAACCAUCGCCGAUCCCAGAGUUCUCUGACCAUAUGA